GGCGUGUCUUGGGAUUCCCUCAGGGGUAAAGUGCUGCAUGUCCUUGGGCUGAGAGAGGAGGUGACUCGAGCUGCAGAGGACGCAAAAUGAGGGCCUUGCGGGUCUCCCAGGCUUUGAUUCGUCCUUUUAGCUCAUCUGCUCGGAGCCACUUAGAAAAUCGUGUGGCAGAGAAGCAGAAACUCUUCCAGGCCAACAACGACCUCCCAGUACACCUGAAGGGCGGGGCAAUGGACAACAUCCUAUACAGACUGACUAUGACCCUGACGCUGGGGGGCACUGCCUACUGCUUAUACUGCCUGGGCUGGGCCUCCUUCCCCCACAAGAAGUGACACCAAGAAUGCUGGCGGACUUGCACAAACAUCAAUAAACAUGCUAACCUCUUGAGAACCCCACUCUGCUCUGGCCUGUGU